AUGAUUGCAGCUGCUGGCCUGGGGCUUGAUCGGAUGGACAUACAGGCGGCCAUAGCACGCUUAGAGGGAGAUGCUGGGCAACCUAGGGCCACUGCUGCCGCUAUGCUGGCUGGGCAAGCGACAAGCCCGGGCGAUGGAACCUAUACGAUGAAGCGAUCGCCCUCUGGCAACGGCGUUACCCCCCCAGGUUCAGCUCCGUCGCGUAGAGCUGAAAGGAUGCACAGCAAGUCAAGGCGUGAUCAUCCAUCACGGUCGUCCCGCCAGCAUCGGGAUGAACAGAAAACAGUGGGCGAAUAUGCCUUGCACGUGCUAUUUACUUCUUUUAUUGCGCAAGCUGAAGAAAAGCUGAAUGAAUGUAUAACCACCCCCUUCGACCCCGAGCCCCAGAUUGACAAGAUAUGCGGCCCUGGCGUGGACCCGGCUUUUGACCAGCUCAUCGUUGCUCUGGGCCAUAUCGCGAGUCCCAAGCCCAAGAAUUUGAUAGAUUCAAUGAUGCUUUGGAGGAAGAGCAAAAGCGAUGCUGCCAACGAAGCGAGGACCCAGCUGCAACAGUUACGAGUGGCUCAACCGAUGACACCGCUAUUGCGCAGAAAUACUGAACCCGUGCCAAUUGGACCGAUUGUAUCCAAUGGCUCUGAUAGUGGUCUCUCCGGAGGUGGAAUGCUGGCUUCGAAGCAAGAGUAUGUAGCCCAGCAGGAGCGCCGCUCCACCGUUUCAAUCUACAUACUCUGUCGCGUUUUGCUCGAGGUCAUAUGCCAGAGCAGUUUGGCAUCCAUCACCCCGGAGGUCGAGGACAAACUGGAGAGCAUAAUAUUUGGCCAGCUCAAGAUUGCAGACAGUGAGCAGCUGCUCGCCUCGCCCUUGAAGAUGGCUAAUUGGAAUCUUUUUACACUUCUCCUCGGCCAUAUGAGCGAUAUCAACUUUGCUGGCGUCACGAAGCGAUUUAUCGAAGAUCUGGAUAGCUCCCUGACUGAGCGUGUGACCAAGAGUCCAACUUCUUUGACAAGCCGCGAUAUUAACGAUGGAAAGAUGGAUCUUGUUCUUGGGGGUAUGAAGCAUCUUCGCAUCAAGAUUUCGCCCGAGGAUGCUUGGGAACAGUCGUGCGACUUCCUGGUUUCGCUGGGCCGUCUUUUCAACAGAUCUCACGGGCCAAGAGUUAAGACUGCCUUUUGCCAGAUCAUCGACCUGCUUCUGCUCGGAAUCGCAUCCAAGGCGAGCAAUAGCCACCUAAUGCAUCCCAAGUGGAUGGAAGUCGUGGCGGCUAUUGGACCACGGCUGGCCCAAAUGUUUACAAAGCCACGACACUGGACCGUCGCAUUCCCACUCACGGCCACAAUGCUUUGUGUCUCUUCGCCGGACAACUUUGGAGCGCAGUGGCUGCAACUGGUUCUGCCUCUGCAGACAAAGGUAAAAGAUCGACUGACCAAACCUUUAUGCCUACAAGUGAUAUCCCGCCUGGUCUGGACAUACUUGUAUCGUACCAACGACACCUUCCAAAGCGUGGCGCGAAAAUUAGACGACGUUAUAAAAUUGGUCCUUCCGCCGUCGAGACGGAGUAUAGUUGCAUCUGAUGCCACCAUCACAGAACCUCUGAUUCAGAUAAUCCGUAUCAUCGGUUUCAAAUAUCCCGAAUUUUGCUUCCGCACCGUCAUCUUCCCUCUCAUCAAUGCCGAGCUCUUCACUGCUAAUAAAGAGCUCAGAGUUGAGCAGCUGGAUCCUGACAGGAUUGUUGUCGGCAUUAGGGCUUUCUUGAGUAUCAUGUCGGAUUUAGAAAAGGGAGAGCAAGGCCGACCGCCAUUUCCUCAGAUUUACGACUCGGGGCCAACAAGUGCGGAGAGGUUUCCUGCGUCACCAAUGCUGGCGCCUCCUCGGAGUAGCCCUGCAUCCCUAUCAAGCUCGUCAUCGAUGAGGGAAAGCCACGUUUCACGACCUGUUCUCACUAACGUCCUGACGGAUGGUGUUCGAGAAUACUAUCUCAAAUUCUGUGAAAUUCUCGGAAAGAUCACAAUUGUUUGCGACAAUACUUUUGGUGGUCAAGCUGCCUUGGAUGAAAAAUUUGGUAGCCCUGGGCCAAAGACACCAAUCUCCGAAUCAUUUACCUUCUCUCGACGCGAUGAACAUCAAACUGCGGCGGAUCAGAAGCAGGCAUUCUACGAGCUGUUACACGUUGCGGUCCAGGCGCUUCCCCGCUGCCUUUCUGUUGAUAUACCCUUUAAUUCUCUAAUUAAUCUUUUAUGCACGGGCACUGCUCAUGUGCAGUAUAAUAUUGCAGAAUCAUCUUCCAACUCACUCAAGGCUAUUGCUCGUCAGUCUCAUGCGCAGCAAGUCACCAUGGGAUUUGCACGUUUCAUCUUUAAUUUUGAUGACAGAUACUCGACCAUGUCUGAUGGUGGAAUGCUCGGGGCUAACCAUAUCGAAAAUACGCUGCGGCUCUAUGUCGAACUAUUGAAAAUAUGGAUUGAGGAGAUUAGACAGAAGUCGCGAGAUGCUGCAGCAGGCGAGUCUGAAGGAAAUAAUUCUGAUAACCGAGCUCUGAAGCUGGAUUUAUCUAGCGUCUGGGCUGAGGUUGAUCAAGCUGAGGCGCAUGGCCUAUUCUUCCUAUGCUCACAGUCAAGACGUGUUCGGUAUUUUGCCAUUACUGUCCUUCGCCUCAUUACCGAGUUCGACAAGGCACUAGGAAAAGAUUUGUCCGAGGAAAAGGACUCUUUGAGACUAAUCAACGUUCUCGAGAACGACUCAUCCCAAGUCAUGAAUUUUGACGACGAACACCUGUCUGUCGCUGAGCGCAGUAGGCUGCAGCGAGGCUUACAAAAUGGCAACGGCAAAGGCGCCCUCAUUGAGCUAUGCACUAGCGAAGUCACCUAUGAUACGACGCUUUGGUUCAAAAUAUUCCCCAACUUGAUGCGGAUUGCCUUUGAGAAAUGCCCAUUUGCGGUUACCAUAUGUCGAGAUCUGAUCUGCAACCGCGUCCUUCAGAUGUACAAGCCCAUUGUCUUUUUGUCCGAACCUACAAGAGGCCCUUUCCACACAGGAGAAGGAAUUCACAAUAAUCGCCCCAUUCCCCGAUCGCCGACGGCUCAGCCGGAAUCGAUAGUAGAGCAGUGGAAGCUGUAUCUCAUUUUUGCAUGCACUACCCUGGCAGACCCAGGAAGCGCGCCACAGAGCGUUCCUUUGGAUUCUAUUCAGCACACUCGCAAGUCCUCCAGGCCUGCACCGGCGGAGAAAGCUGUUACGGCAAGGACCCUUUUCAAAUACCUGAUCCCGCUCUUAUCUGCUACAUCAGCAUCUGUUCGAGAUGCUGUAGUCGUUGCUAUGGGAUCAAUCAAUAUUCACAUAUACCAGACCUUGCUAGAAGAACUCCAGGGCCAAGUAUCCCGGUGUAAUGAUGAAGCUCGUGCGAGAAUCCAUCAGCGAGCAAACAGCAGCCCGCGUAGAAAUCGCAAAAUGGAUUUGCUCAGAACAGAAAUCACUCAUGUCUUCAAACUGACGUCGCACUUCCUCAAGGAUCCGAUCGUUUACGAGUCCGAAUAUUUUCUUAGUACUUUGACUAUGUACGCCAAAGAUCUGAAAUUAUUUUUGAUGGAUGGAGAAGUGCAGAUGGACUGGGAGUUCCAAAAGCUACGAAGAUACUACUGUGGGCUCAUGGAAUCGCUGUUUGAAGGAAUCAAUCGUACGAAAGAUCCCUCUCGAUGGAUGACAUUUGAAUCUCGGAAGUCAGCCUUUUCUUUGAUGGAAGAUUGGUGUGGAUUCUCGCCAAAUCAGACAGAGGUUCGGGCUAGAGAAGACAAUAUGCGGCAGAAUUUGAUGAAUCAGCAAUCUUUAGGUGAACGAGGCACUGCCACCGCAGCAAUGGAAAUUGAAAAACGUAACCUUAGAACCGCCGCCUUGAGCGCCAUGGCAUCGCUGUGUGGCGGACCAAUCAAUAUUACGACAGAGAGUGGAGUCACACUGCAGUUUGACAUACGCCGAAUGCUUUCGUGGAUCGAGGCCAUUUUCAACUCGGGCAGCGACAAGAUGAACGUCAUCGGCAGGAGAGCCCUGAAAAACCUGGUGGUUCACAACAAAGAGUACCCCUAUCUGCUGGAGCAUUGCAUCGCGCGUUGUUAUCUGGCUGAUAACUCCAAGGUCCUUGAAAGUUAUUUCUUGGUCACUGUUGACGUGCUACAGGAGCACGGGGACUACCCUUGCCCCUUUUGGAAACUCCUUGCCCUGUGCCUCUUCAUGUUGGGGGAUGAUCAGAGUGAAGUCAGGUCGAAAUCUUCAACUGUAUUGCGAGUGUUGGAGGCCCGCCAGCAAAGAAACUCCAAGAUUCAAGAUUUUGACAUUAGUGUCUCGGACAAAACUCAGGCCGUGUACAAGCUGGCUCAAUUUGAGAUCUCCAAAAGACUUGCCAACCAGUAUACUGAGCUUGCCUUCCAUGUCAUCUCCGAAUUCACUCUGUAUUUCAAGGACCUUCAACCAGCAGCACAGCGAAAUGUUGUUGCCAUUGUGUUACCCUGGAUACAGGCGAUUGAAUUGACCUUGGAUCCCAAUGGAGGCCCCACGGCGCAGUCCUACGUUCUUCUGGCGAAUCUGCUGGAAAUCACAAUCAAAUCCGGCGGGGCGCUGCAUAACGAGGUUCAGGCCCUUUGGCAGGCCCUGGCCACAGGGCCGCAUCUUGGAAACGUACGUCUGGUGCUUGAUUUUAUCAUGCAGCUUUGCCUGGAGCGACGCGAACAAAACUUUGUCGAGUACGCAAAACAAAUCGUCGUUUUUCUCUCCACAUCAAAUAGUGCACCUGGUGUUAAAGUUGUUGAGUUUUUGCUUACACAGAUCAACCCUAAAGCAAUGGUUCCUAUUGAGAAGAGAGAGCUGCCUCAACCGCCGCCAGAUACCAGCAGUCUACCGUACUGCGCCGAUCUGGCGGAAGCCUUGCCUGUGGGCACCAAGCAAGCCGGAUUCUCUCUCGGCCAACUCUCUCUGAUCUUGCUCGUAGAUCUCAUGGUGUCUCCAGUGCAGCUGACCCCAGAGUGCGCCCCCCUGUUGCUGCAUACUGUUACCGUGCUUUGGGACCACUAUACUCCGUUAGUCCAAGAACAAGCUCGCGAGAUGUUGGUGCAUCUCAUUCAUGAGCUGGUUAUGUCACGCAUUGAUGAACAGACGGACCUGGACCGGAAGGAAUCCAUUGAGGAACUGAUAGAUUUGGUUCGUCAGCAUGAUCGUUCUGUCGUGUGGAGCUACGAAGACAGCAAUGGAAAGGUCUACGAUCAUGAAAAUAAAGUGCCUCAAAGCAUGGAAUAUCUUACUAACGAGGUUGUGAAAACCUUUGAAGUGGCGUUCCCCGGAAUCAAAGAGCAAUGGGGUAGACUAUCUUUGACGUGGGCUACCUCGUGCCCAGUUAGACACUUGGCAUGCCGCUCAUUUCAGAUAUUCCGCUGCGUUCUUACAUCCUUGGACCAGUACAUGCUUGGAGAUAUGCUUGCUCGUCUUUCAAACACGAUUGCAGAUGAAGACCCGGAAAUCCAAGCAUUCUCCAUGGAGAUCUUGACAACUCUCAAGACGCUCAUUGUCAAACUAGAUUCUGAGAAGCUCAUCACUUUUCCACAGUUGUUCUGGACAACUUGUGCCUGCUUGGAAUCGAUCAAUGAGCGCGAGUUUCUCGAAGCGUUGGAAAUGCUAAACGAAUUGAUUGGCAAGGUUGACUUUAGAGCCGCAAAUGUGAGAAGACUGAUCGCGGAUGGCCAACCGAGUAAAUGGGAAGGCCCUUUUGAGGGGCUUCAACCUUUGCUUCAUAAGGGCCUGAGGUCAUCCCUUUGCUGGCAGCCAACCCUUGACAUCAUAGAUAAGCUUGUCAAGCUUCCUGGAGAUGGCCUCAUUGGAGACGAUAACCGACUGUUCUUUGCUCUGCUAGCGAAUUUCCCACGUUUUCUGGAUGAAUUGGAACGGGGCGGUCUAUCUCCAGAGGCAAUAAACACGGCCAAGAUACUCCUCUCCGAGUCUGAUCGGCAAGGUCUUGAAGGCAUUGGGCUCGUCCUGGAUGGUUUGAUAUCAGACCGUUUCCUAAGCUCCGAGGAUUUUAUGAAUCAGCUUUUUGUGGCACUUCGCGAAUUUUACCUGCCACACAUGGAGUUUAGGAUGAUUACGUUUUUGAUGGGCUUACUGACCAACUCACUCUCCUGGGUCAAGGUCCAGACUAUGCGCAUUCUCUGCAUUGUUAUUCCGGAUAUUGAUAUGCGCAACCCCGAGAUUGCAAUUCAUGGCUCUGAUCUUAUAUCUCCUCUGCUGCGCCUUUUGCAGUCUGAGUUUUGCAUGGGAGCACUCGAGGUGCUUGACAAUAUAAUGACCAUGUCGGGAAGCCACAUGGACAAGCAGCAUCUGAGGAUGAGUAUGGCUCGCUUAACAUCAAAAGCCGUGCGAAAAGAGUAUGAGCGUGCUCAAAGCCUCUUUGGCAUUCCAGAGUUGUCUGGUUGGGCUAUCCCGAUCCCUGCUCGGAAGACAGAGGCUACGAGGGCCAAUAUCCAUGCCGCCUUUUACAUGUGCCAAAGCACUGAGGGCUCUUCGACAGAGGCUACACCUACAGCAGAUGUGGAAUUUCACUCUGAAGACUUUCCUUAUGGCUAUUUUGACUCUCUGGAGCGGUCGGAGACUAUGCUGUCGGAUGAGGCUCGUGUCGAGGUUCACCCGGGCGAUCUUGUUACGAAACUGGAUAGUCUCGAUGACUUCUUCGAUGAGCCUCCAAGUCCUCAUACGGACGAUGACGGGCGAUCUUCUCUUACAAUCACUGAAUUCACGCCUGAGUCAUAUGAAACAGGGACAGAGCUAUACGACGAACAGAUCUUGCCCAUCUUGCACGAAGCAUCCAACAACACGUCGUUUCAAAAUGGAUUCGUCGAACGACCUACAGUCUUUUCAAGGGAACAUGCUUCCAACACUAUGAACCCUGGGGCGUUUACCAUGGGUAGCAGCUUGGCCCCUCGCGCUGGCCAUCACGCUCGAUCAAUCACUUCGCCUUCUGCGCCUGUUUCAUAUUAUCCGCAAGAUUUUGCGUCAGAUGACGAACUGGUGGUGGGCGGCUUCUCGGACGCAGACGACGAUAGAAUCGACUUGGGGAGUAUGGACGACGGGUCGUCGUCGUUUUCGCUGGAUAGCACCUUGCGAGAUCAAAGACAAGACGUUCCACAGCCAAACUACCUGCGUCUUACGAGCAGAUCUCGGGAGCGUCAGCAGCGAGACAAAGCGCCACCCCAGCCAACCCCUAAGAUUACCAGCAAAUUAUAUUUGACCAACGUGCCUGGAGAAGGCGACCCUAUUUGA